AUGGACAGUCCACUGUCCAAAAAACAGAAAGUCCGCAACCUUCAAGAUGAUGGCUUGUCAGACGAAGAAGAGUCUAUGGACGUGACGAGGGCAUCGAGAUCAAGAACUCCCAGAAAGCUUGUCCUAGGAUCCCCUGAGAAGCGAUUCGCGAUAUCCCAGCCUGUAACUUCGUCCUCUUCAAAUGUGCCACUACUUCAGCCUCUCAAAAGUGAACUUUCGAGUUCCAGAAGCCGUGUCUAUUCACAGUCGCCUCCACGUUCUCCUAACAGAUCUCCAACCAGAAAGCUGGAAUUGAUCCAGCUUUCGCCUGCAAAAAAGAGCCGAUUGGAAGCACAACUACAAGAACUCCAGAGAGGCGACAAUAGUGUCAAGCGCUUGUGCAUAAAAAGCCUGGUGCUACGAAAUUUUAAGUCAUAUGCCGGAACUCAAAUUGUAGGGCCAUUCGACUCCUCCUUCUCUGCCAUAGUAGGUCCAAAUGGUUCUGGUAAAUCUAAUGUGAUAGACUCACUUCUUUUUGUGUUUGGUUUUCGUGCUAACAAAAUGCGGCAAGGGAGACUUUCAGAUCUCAUUCACAAAUCCGAAGCGUUCCCAAACCUUGAUUUUUGUCAAGUAGAUGUCCACUUCCAAUAUGUUCAGGAUGAAUCAGAUGGACGGACCACCACUAAAUUAGAUGAAUCAGAACUGGUGAUUAGUCGCAAGGCUCUCAAAAACAACGUUUCAAAGUACUAUAUUAACAAUAAAGAGAGCACUUUCACUGCAGUGACCCAACUUCUACAAAAGGAAGGCAUUGAUUUGGAUCAUAAACGAUUUUUAAUUUUGCAAGGUGAAGUUGAAAGUAUAGCUCAAAUGAAAGCAAAGGCAGAAAAAGAGGGGGAUGACGGACUUCUGGAAUACCUCGAAAGCAUUAUUGGUACGGCAAAGUAUAAGCCGCUCAUCGAGCAAACCUUGAUUGAAAUGGAACGUUUAAACGAGAUAUGCCAGGAAAAGGAGAAUAGAUUUGAAAUUGUGGAACGUGAGAAAAGCUCCUUGGAAUCUGGAAAAGACGAAGCUUUGGAGUUUUUAGAGAAGGAAAGACAAUUGACUAUUCUACAAAAUCAAUUGCUGCAGUACAAGCUAUGGCAAAAUGGCACAAAGCUACUAAACACAAAAAAUAAAAUAUCGAGUUUGAAUUCGAAAUUGGAUCGGGAAAGAGAUAUAUACGCUGAAUAUCAAAAACAAAUCGAGAAAUUAGAAACUGAAAUCCAAGCUCAGAAUCAAAAGUUGAAGCAAGAUAGGGACCAAGAAAAUGAAAAAUUGCUACAGAAACGCGACUUCGAUAGGGACAGGAUAGCUGCCGAGGAGAACCUGAAGAAUUUGAACCAAAAGAAGCUUAGGUUUGAGAAAUCUCAAGAGACCACACGCAAGAGUGUGGAAAAGACAAAGGCGAGGCUUAGUGAAAUGCUGGCGGAUCAGGGCCGGUAUUCGGAAGAACUGCUUGAUUACAACAGUUCUUUGGCUGAACAGAAAAAAAAAUUGGAUGGAUUGAAGCUUGAAUUGAGAGGUAAAACUAGCUCUAUUUCAGAAAAAAUACAAAUUUUGGAAAAGGAGCUUGAGCCAUGGAAUCUACAGUUACAAGCCAAGAGGUCCAAGAUAAAAUUGGAGGAAACCACCGUUUCUGUGCUUAAAGAAUCACAUCUUAAAGUUAGACAAGGGAUUAUAGAUACUGAAGAAGGCAUUGCACGCACACACGAGAAAGCCACCAAUUUUCGAAAAGUUGUCGAUUCGCUUAUUCUUGAAAAGAAACAAGUCAACCAACAAUUGACUGUUGGUGAAAGUGAGUGUAACAGCGCGUCGCUGAAGAUCAAAGAGAUGAGGACUGUCCUUAACGCGCACAGACAGCGCAGCGUAGAUGCCAGGUCGUCUCUUUCUAAUUUUGAGAACAAGAAUAAGGUUCUGGCUGCACUUCUGAGGCUUCAAAAAUCUGGACGUAUACAGGGCUUUCAUGGUCGUCUAGGAGAUUUGGGGACAAUCGAUGACAAGUAUGAUGUGGCGAUAUCUACUGCCUGCCCGAGACUCGACGACAUUGUUGUGGAUAGUGUGGAGUGUGGUCAACAGUGUAUCGAAUAUCUAAGAAAAAACAAGCUAGGAUAUGCGAGAUUCAUUUUACUUGACAAAUUGAGGACCCACAACGCUCUUCCGGUCGGUGCCCCCCGCAAUGUUCCCAGGUUAUUUGACCUGGUAAAACCUAAUCAUGAGAGGUUCAAGAGUGCCUUUUACACUGUUCUGAGGGAUACGUUGGUUGCAAGGGAUCUUACGGAAGCUAAUCGUGUUGCAUAUGGGAAGCAGAGAUUUCGAGUGGUUACUCUCGAUGGGAAAUUAAUUGAUCUGUCGGGUGCGAUGACUGGGGGCGGUAAUCAUAAGGCCAGUGGAAUGAUGAAAUCAGAACGCCACAAUACAAUGGGAACUUUCACCGCGGAGGAAGUCCAGCAAAUCGAAAGGGAAUUAUUGGAGCGGGAAAAUAACUUUCAAAUCGCCUCCGAGACGUUACAUGAGAUGGAAACGACACUUCAGAAGCUAAAAGAUAGAGAACCUGAUCUUGAACUUGAGAUAUCAAAACGAAAUAUGGAUAUUGAAUCUCUGCUCAUGGAAAUAAAGUCAAAUGAGCAAAAGUUGGAGAAUUUGCGCAAGGAGGAGACUUCAAAAGCUUCAUCUAAUCAAGAGCUUGACGAAGCUGAAUCUCGCAUACAGCAUUUGAAGAAAGAAUGUAAGGGUCUUGAAGAAGAGAUGAAGUCAAAGAAGACAACAAUUAAGCAGUUACAGGAUGAAAUUAUGAAAAUAGGCGGAACAGAUUUGCAAAUACAAAACUCGAAAGUCGAGUCGAUGGUACAACAUAUUGAUAUUAUCCUGAAUAAACAGAAGAGAGAUAAAACUGCAAUAAAGAAGGCCGAAAGUGAUAUUAAGCGGCUAGAAAAGCAAGAAGAGGAGCUCAAAAAAGAAGUAGAAUCAAACAGGUCAGAAAUUAUUUCGACAGAAGAAAUGCUGUCUCAAGCAGGGAGGCAAAUUGAAGUAACUGAGCAAACUUUGAAGAAUUUAGCGGACGAGCUUGAACACUCAGAAGACCAAUUGAGAUCAUUAGAAGAGCAACUGGAGUUAAAAUCUCACGAGAACAACGACUUUCAAGUUCUGGAGGUUGAAAUUAACAAUCAAUUAGAGAAGCUACACGACCUUCAAAGGCAAGUUGAAAGAGAUGAUCUCUCGCUCCAUAAACAGAUCGACGAAUUGAAGUUUCGUGAUGUCACCUCGACGCUCCUCAAGCUCGACGAAAAUGUUUUGCCCGACGAGUAUAAAGCGAAUAACACUACUUCUGAUCAGGAAGAUAAUGUAAUUGGCGGUAAUUGCACCCCUUGUAAAGACAGCAGAACAAUCGAAGCAUACCCACCUAUAACUGAUGGAGCAAGCUUGCUACCAACAGAUGGGGAGCGUUCUUCUUGUCAUGGUGAUAAUUCAAUGGAGAUCGACACUGACGCCCCCGCUUCCCAGUUUUCUACGUUGUCUCACGAGCAGUUAGAGGGCUUCGAUAUGCAAACAAUUGAGCUUGAGAUAGGCCAGCUUCUCGACUAUAUCGAUAAUGCCAAGACCGACAUAGAGGUUUUGGAAGAGUACGCUAAAAGUCUCGCUAACUUUCGAGCAAGGAAACUUGAUUUGAACCAAGCCGUAAGCAAAAGAGAGGAAAUAAGUCAAUCCAGUGAAAAUUUGAAAAAGAAGAGACUCGAUGAAUUUAUGAAUGGUUUUAAUGAAAUAUCUAUGACUUUGAAAGAGAUGUAUCAAAUGAUUACCAUGGGUGGCAAUGCGGAGCUCGAGCUGGUGGAUAGCUUAGAUCCAUUCUCCGAAGGUGUGCUUUUCAGCGUCAUGCCACCGAAGAAAAGCUGGAGAAAUAUCUCUAAUUUAAGUGGCGGAGAAAAAACCUUGAGCUCUUUAGCACUUGUUUUUGCUUUGCACAGGUACAGACCAACUCCUCUAUAUGUUAUGGAUGAAAUCGACGCUGCCCUAGAUUUCAGAAAUGUCUCGAUUGUUGCCAACUACAUUAAAGAACGAACCAGAAAUGCACAAUUUAUAGUCAUAUCCCUGCGAAACAAUAUGUUCGAAUUGGCCAAACAACUUGUUGGUAUUUACAAAAACAAGAAUAUGACAAGGAGUGUGGCACUUCAAAACAAAGACCUGAUAGCUAGAGACUAA